AUGCAGCAUUUUUCAGUAAUAGGUCCACAGUUGUGGAUCAGCGGACCCGCGGUGGAUUUGACAGUAGCACAGACCACAGAUGAGGAACACCAAACUCCAACGGAGCGUCGGCGAGGAAGUCGGCGCUAUCGGGGGCAUCUACGCGCCGGCGGGAAGCGGGGCGCUCUAUCAAAGUGGGCCAAGGUCACCGUAGUAGGUGACGCAGGGCCAGCGAUUCGCGACCCGCGCGAUAGCACGCCCGGGCCCGCCCCCGUGGGGGCCGCGACUGGGCGCGGGCGGCGGGGGGGCUCA